UCCCUUCCCUUGCAACGUAUCAGGUAACAGGAUCCUGCAUCAAAGGUACAGUGUAAUAAGAUACAGUGUCAAAUCCUUCAUUAUCUAAAAAGGUAAUCAAAAAAGGUUUGUUGUGAGCCUUUAUUCCUUGAAAUGGGAUAAGACCCAAUGCAGAGUAGAUCCUGAAGGCUGGAUGCAAGAGUGCACGGACAGCUUUAUUUUCAGAAGGGACUUUCAAGAAGAGGCCUGAAUUUUUUAGGAAGUGAUAAACUGUACUCCUGUAAGACUUGUCUAGGCAUCAGUAGCUCUGGACCUUGACCCCCUCAGUUGUUAGCAAGUUCAACACUAAUGUAAUCACCACUAUUUAGGAAAUUUCCCUAAAACACGGAUGUUUCAGGUGUUUCCCCAAAACACAGAUGCUUGUAUGUCUUUGAAGUCAGGGUUGAAAUCACAGGACUGGGGUUUCAGGUGGUGAUAGAACUCGGGGACAGUAUCCAGUCAUGUGAAGGCUGGUUCCAAUGGAAAAGGAAUAGAAAUAGGUGUUAUGGGGCUGCGACCAGGUCAAAACAACCGCUAUAGCCUUUAUCAGCAUGUUAUCUGUUUCCCACGGCCUUGUUUUGGUCAGUCCAAGGCACAGACUGAGCGCUGCUCCUCCUUGGAGGGUUGAAGGUCACAGAGAGGAGGGCAGCCCCAUUAUCUGCUGCAUGCCACGCACUGAGCUGUGACAGCACCUGCCCUUUUGCCACUCAGCCCGUGGAUCUGCUCAUCUCUGCAUGAUGCCGAUCUAUAAAAGGGUGUGGUGGCAAAAAGGCAUCUCUUUAAAAUUCCUUCACUUUUCCUCCUUCUUCCAGUGCCACUGACCUGUGCCUCCACCUCACCUCUGAGCUGCCAUGGCCACGCUAGAGACGCUGCCAGUUCUUAGUGACCCAACGUACCCCAAUCCAGAAAACUUCCACGGAUUUGCUCCUCGGCCAUCCCAAAACACAUCCCGGAGCAUCAUGGGGAGCGUGGGGAGUGGAGUGGCCAACGACCAGGAGUUUGCCAUGAAGAGCGUGGGGACCCGAACGCAGAGCAGCGGGCGGCAGAUGGAGGGGUCUCGCAAUGGGUUCUCCACAAGGGAGAUCUCCAACCGCUACUCCGGCGAGGAGAAGACAUACAAGUCAGAGAAGGUCUCCAAUUCCCUCUACAUCAACGGCGACCUGCGUAAGAGUGAGAAGGUGAAGAUGGACAUCUGUGGGAAUGUGACCACCAACAACGAGAAGAACAUGCCACCUCCUCCCCAGUACCGCGAGCCCAGUAACCCACCAAAGAUAUUGCCAAUCUCCGGCAAACUAGACCAGAGCAAUGAGCCCUUAGUUAGACCCUCAGCCUUUAAACCAGUAGUUCCUAAAAACUUCCAUUCCAUGCAGAACCUCUGCCCGCCGCAGAGCAACGGGGUGACAGAGAACAGAAAGAGCUUGAACCACGCCAACAGCAAUAGCCCAUCCGCACCCAAAAGUGGACUCGACAAGAGCAGCCUUAACAGGACUACAAACCAAGUGGGAGGCCUUUCGGAUUCGGGCCGUAACUCGUUAACGAGUCUGCCCACAUAUGGGACAGGCUACAGCCAGCACGUGGGCCCCAUGAGCGCCUCGACGAGCCACAUCAACCGCAUCGGCACGACCUACACGGACAAGAACAUCGUGGGAUACAACGGGAUAUCUACCUCAGACAGCGGCCGGUCUUCGAGCAAGAGCACCUCUUCGUUCAACAGACUGAACCAUCUCAAUGAAACGAUGCCUUUCCACUCUCCUUCCACCGACGACAUCAUCCAAGACUUGGAAGACAGGCUGUGGGAGAAAGAGCAGGAGGUCCUCCAGAUGAGAAGGAACUUGGACAAAAGCGAGGCAGCCAUCUUCCAAGUGUUUGAGGAGAAGCAGAAGAUCUGGGAGCGGGAAAUGGAGGAUCUCAGGCAAAACUACGCCAACAAAUUGCAGCAGGUCUCCAAAAAGGCGCAGCGGGCACAACAGGCCUUGCAGCUCCAGAUAUUCAAGCUGCAGCAGGAGAAAAAAAAACUCCAAGAUGACAUGGGGCAACUCCUCCAGCAGCGAGAGGAGCUGGAGAAGAAAUUUGUGGCUUUCAAGAAGGAGCAGGCUGAGUUUCUCCCAAAGAUUGAAGAGACCAAAUGGGAGGUAAAAGCAUUAUUGUAAGAAAUCUUGAAUGAGGUUUUCAUUGAUAACCAAUUUACCUCCAUUGGUCCCAUGAGCAGCCCAAGACAAGGGCUGUGGGUGAGUGGCCUGUAGAUUACAGGAGACACUUUGGCCACCUUUCCGUGUCUGAGCUUCAAACCUACAGUUUUCAAUUAAAAUAAAAUGACUGCAAUAAUUUUUUGUGUGCACGUCCUGUGCUGGUUAAUAAUUAGGCUUCACAGUCAGGUCACUGCAAUGUGGGACAUUUGAAUCCAGUUUCAGUCCAUAAAGAUUUCU